UGCUUGUUUCAUAAACAUUGGUAUUAUCGAUAGUGCCAUCGAAUGCUGAACAUCAGUAAUGACAUCCCUAAUUCCAUCUCUACUAGUAUGACUUUGAUAUUUUAAAGAAAUUCAUCUAAUUGUGGUUCCAAAAUGCCGUCCUUCAAAGUAAAAGUGAAAUGGGGUCGCGAACUUUUUCCGGAUAUUAAUGUGAAUACCGAUGAAGAGCCAAUACUGUUUAAAGCCCAACUAUUUGCGCUAACCGGGGUUCAACCAGAACGUCAAAAAAUUAUGUGUAAAGGUGGAAUACUUAAGGAUGAUGAAUGGAAUUUGCAAUUAAAGGAUGGUGCUGUAGUGCUCUUACUUGGCUCAAAGGAAAAAGUGCCAGAGGUGCCUCAAACACCAGUUAAAUUUAUUGAGGAUAUGAACGAGGCUGAAGCGGCAACAGCGAUGCGAAUCCCGGCCGGCUUAACCAACCUCGGGAAUACAUGCUAUAUGAAUGCAACUGUUCAAUGUUUAAGGGCAGUCCCUGAGCUGCGUAAAGCAUUGGACAAUUUUAAACAUGAUAGCUCUGAUGCCACUUCAACAGCAUUUACUGUCUCUUCGGCCAUGAAAGUAGUAUUUGCCCAGAUGGAGAAAGGCACAACAAUCACGCCAAUUGUGCUGUUGCAGGCUCUACAUCGGGCUUCGCCACAAUUUGCUCAGACAGGUGAAAAUGGCACCUAUAGGCAGCAAGAUGCCAACGAAUGUUGGUCGGAGAUACUGAAAAUGCUGCAGCAAAAGCUUGUGCCAUUAAGCCAAGAAUCUGAUAACACUGUUGCCGAAAAGAAAGUUCAUAACUCAUUUAUUGAACAAUUCUUCGGAGGCACCUUUCAGGUCAAAAUGACUUCUGACGAAGCUCCCGAUGAGCCUGCCACAAUUUCAACAGAGAAUUUUUUGCAACUCAGUUGCUUUAUUUCCAUGGAAGUUAAGUAUAUGCAAAGUGGUCUCAAGUCGAAAAUGAAAGAACAGCUCGUUAAAAAUUCGGAAUCGCUGGGUCGUGAUGCACAUUAUACAAGAACUUAUUUAGUGAGUCGCCUUCCUGCUUAUCUGACCGUUCAGUUUGUUCGAUUCCAAUAUAAAGGAAAGGAGGGUAUUAAUGCAAAGGUCUUGAAGGAUAUUAAAUUUCCAAUGGACUUUGAUGCCUUUGAGUUAUGUACUCCAGAAUUGCAACAGAAGUUAUGCCCGAUGCGAACCAAAUUUAAGGACGUGGAUGACAAGAAAAUGGAUGUGGAAUCGCAGAUAAAUAAGACUGCAAAAUCAUUCGAUGUGGAGGAAGAAAUUGACGAAAGCAAAUAUGAAAAGUUCUCAUUCGAAGAUGAUUUGGGCAGUAACAAUUCUGGAUUUUACACUCUGAAAGCCGUUCUCACACACAAGGGACGCUCAAGCUCAUCCGGUCAUUAUGUGGCCUGGGUACGAUCCAGUGGCGAUAUUUGGUUCAAGUUUGACGAUGACGACGUGACAUCUGUAACAACCGACGAAAUUCUACGACUGUCUGGUGGUGGCGACUGGCAUUGCGCCUAUGUCCUUUUGUAUGGACCAAAACUUUUGGAUAAGUGCUAGAUAUUGUCUUUAUUACUUUGAGGUUAACAAACUGAUUAUUAAUCCAUUUAAUAAAUUGAAUUGAUCAAA